AUGGCCAAUCGCAUCGCCCUCCGCCUCAAAUCCCACCUCCUUCGCAUCACAACCCCCAUCCACCCCCGUCCCUUCAUCAAAUCUCCACCGUUGAACUUCUCCCCACUCUUCGAUCCCCACCUCCAACGUUCAACAAAUUUUCUUCUCCCGUUCACUCUCCGCUUCCUCUCCACCUCUCGCCGCGGCCCGAUCCGGCCCAAACCCGUCGACAUCGCGGGCCGGGCUCGCCAGCUCCAAACCCGACGCCUUUGGACCUAUGCACUAACCUUCAGCUGCAUCGCGGGCUUCAUUGUCAUCGUCCUCAAUAGCUUCCAAGACCAGCUCGUCUUCUACGUGACCCCAACCGAUGCUCUAGAGAAAUACUCAGCAAACCCUAGCAAGAGCAAGUUCAGGGUCGGCGGUCUGGUCCUCGAAGGCAGCGUGCUCCAGCCCGCCUCGUCGCCCGAGAUGGAGUUCGUCGUCACCGAUUUGAUGACCGAUAUAUUGGUCCGAUACAAGGGCUCCUUGCCCGAUUUGUUUCGGGAGGGUCACUCGGUUGUGGUCGAGGGCUUCGUCAAGCCUUUUACGGAUGAAAUUCGACGGGAGAUUUCAACGAAGAGUGUAUCGGAGAAGGCGAGGAGCGGCGAGUGCUAUUUCGCCGCCACGGAGGUUUUGGCGAAGCAUGACGAGAAGUACAUGCCCGGUGAAGUCGCUGAGGCGAUCGAGAAGAACAAGAAGAAGCUCGAGGCCGGUCGGGCAGGUGGUGGAGAGUCUGAAAACCCCAAGAGCGAAUAG